CUCAGUGGGAAUCCAGAGAUGAACAGGAAGCAACAAAAGGCGUUGAAGCUGUUAUUGUGGAUACUGGCACUCACUCUGGCGGUUUACAUAGCGGGACGACCCUUAUAUUGGCAACUCAGCGAAGGUUUUGCCGCCGUUCGCCGCGACGCCUCUCCUUCUUCCUGUCCUCCUUGUCCCUGCGAUUGCUCUCUUGAACCCCUUCUUUCUCUUCCCGACGGAUUCAACAACUCCAUUAUAGAUUGCAUGAGACAAGAUCCAGAGGUGAGCGAAGAGAUGCAGAAGGGUUUUUUGGAUCUGUUGUCAGAAGAAGUGAAGUUAAAGGAAGCUGAAGCUCUGGAAAAACAUCAGCGAGCUGACAUGGCUCUUUUAGAGGCUAAGAAGGUGGCAUCGCAGUAUCAAAAGGAGGCUGACAAGUGCAAUUCAGGGAUGGAGACAUGUGAGGAGGCAAGGGAAAAGGCAGAAGAAGCACUUGAAGAUCAGAGGAAAAUAACUGCUUUGUGGGAGCUCAGGGCUCGCCAAAGAGGAUGGAGUCCACAUUAGGAUAGGGCAGCGCUCUUUCAUCUGAGUAAAAGUAUCAUCAUCCAACAUCUUUAUUGUUAGUUUUUUUCAUUAUGAUCUCAUACAUUGAUUCUUUUUAGCGGUUCCUCGGUAUUAGUUACUAAGAAGCAAUUUCCCAUGAAAAUUCCAGUUUCAGACUGCUUGGCUUUGUUCUUAAUCAGCCUAGCACUUCUCUAGGGUCAAUGCAGAAACGUCAUCAUCUUCCUGAUGAGGCUUGAACCUCAACUUUCACUUCCAUGACCGUGCUUUAAGAUUUGAGUUGAGAAUAAUAAAA